CCGCCCUUUCCCGCGGGCAGCCCCCUAACGCGCCUGCGCAGCGGGCCACCCUCCGCUUCCCCCUUCCCCUCCCCCUCCCUUCUCCCUCCCUCCCUUCUCCCUGGCCCCCUCCCCCACUGCCCCCUCCCCCAAUUCUCCAUCCCCUUCCCUCCCGGUCUCUGAGGACCCCGUCCUAGCCCGACCCGUCUCGGCCCGCAACCUCCGCGAAGCCGUCGGUGCCACUCCCCGCCCAUGUGGGCCCCCGCGGGCUGCCCACGCCUGUCCCCCAGCUCCCGGUUCCGCUGGGCUUUCCCCUCGCCGGGGGUGGCUUUCUGAGCCGCCCGCUCCGUGCCCCUCUCUGCAGCCUUUCCUGCCACUCGGGGCCCCCGUUCCCCCUCCCGGAGGCGGGGGGCUGCCCCCGGGGGGCUGGCGGAGCUGGGCCGCGGGGGCCCCGGGGCCGGCGGUGCCGGGGUCAUCGGGAUGAUGCGGACGCAGUGUCUGCUGGGGCUGCGCACGUUCGUGGCCUUCGCCGCCAAGCUCUGGAGCUUCUUCAUUUACCUUUUGCGGAGGCAGAUCCGCACGAUAAUUCAGUACCAAACUGUUCGCUAUGAUAUCCUUCCCUUAUCUCCCGUGUCCCGGAAUCGGCUAGGCCAGGUGAAGAGGAAGAUCCUGGUGCUGGACCUGGAUGAGACACUUAUCCACUCCCAUCACGACGGGGUCCUGAGGCCCACCGUCCGGCCCGGAACGCCUCCCGACUUCAUCCUUAAGGUGGUAAUAGACAAACAUCCCGUCCGGUUUUUUGUACAUAAGAGGCCCCAUGUGGAUUUCUUCUUAGAAGUGGUGAGCCAGUGGUACGAGCUGGUGGUGUUCACAGCAAGCAUGGAGAUUUACGGCUCUGCUGUGGCAGAUAAACUGGACAACAGCAGAAGCAUUCUCAAGAGGAGAUACUACAGACAGCGUGACCCUACCCUCCAGCACUGCACUUUGGAACUGGGCAGCUACAUCAAGGACCUCUCCGUGGUCCACAGCGACCUCUCCAGCAUCGUGAUCCUGGAUAACUCCCCAGGGGCCUACCGGAGCCACCCAGACAACGCCAUCCCCAUCAAAUCGUGGUUCAGUGACCCAAGCGACACCGCCCUCCUCAACCUGCUUCCCAUGCUGGAUGCCCUCAGGUUCACCGCCGACGUUCGUUCUGUGCUGAGCCGAAACCUUCACCAACACAGGCUCUGGUGACGGCUGCUCCCCCUCCACCUGCGCUGGGGUGGGGGGGAGAGGGAGGGUGAGCUCUCGGGAUGCCGUCUGAUGCCCUGUCCGAUGGUGAGGACUGCCUGGGCAGGACCUGCCCCUCCCGCCCCUCUCUGCCCAGGGAGCCCUGCGCUCCGUGUGGAGUCUGGACAGACACACGGGCCACACUCGCAAGCAGCCUCACUCUGACUUCGAGUUCGCGCUCCCUGGAAACCCCAGACUGGGACAGAAGCGGAGGCCUGGGACAGCCCGAACUGUCUGGUGGAGAGACCAGACCGGCCAGAAUGAGAGACAGACAUUCGGUAAUCCGGGAGGCUCAAAGAAAAGCCAAGCCAGCUUUGUUGUGAUUUGAUUUUUUAAAAACUCUUGUACAAAACUGAUCUAAUUCUUCACUCCAAGGGCUGGGCUGUGGGUGGGAAACUGGGAUUUUGGGCCACUGGAUUUUCCCCAAACUUGUCCUGCCCUCCCCCCUUUCUUUUCCUUCUAUUUUCCCUUCUUCCUAGACUCCCUCAGACCUGUAACCAGCUUUCUUUCUUUUUUUUUUUUUUUUUUUUUUUUUCCUCCUUUCUCUCUUUUAAACCAUGCAUUAUAACUUUGAAACCAAA